CAUCACUACCACAAUAUGCUACUUGAUGUGUGGUAUCUUGUUGGUUUCGGACGCCAUUUCUGUACGGCACCGGAAGACCUUACUUAUUGCAACACCACACUCUCUUCCGGUCUCUAUCGUGUCCGCUUCAGGAGGAAGAUGACGAAAGGAACGUCAUCCUUUGGAAAGCGUCGGAAUAAGACGCACACACUGUGCCGUCGGUGUGGCUCCAAGGCGUACCACCUUCAGAAGUCAACCUGUGGGAAGUGUGGAUACCCCUCCAAACGCAAGAGAAAGUACAAUUGGAGUGCCAAGGCCAAGAGGCGUAGCACCACUGGAACGGGGCGCAUGAGGCACCUGAAGGUUGUCUACCGCAGAUUCAGAAAUGGGUUCCGUGAAGGAACAACGCCCAAGCCGAAAAGAGCAGCAGUGGCGGCCUCCAGCUCUUCUUAGGCUGGCUUUAAAAUAAACGUGCGAUUAAAAGUGAACUUGGUGUGCACGUAAUUGGUUUCAAGUGUUAUGGAAAUCUGACACCCUGCAGGAGAGGAAUAAACCUGAUGCAAAUUCUGUGACACCCAACUGGGCCGGAGUGUACAUUCCUCAAUUGUUGCAUAUUUGCUAAAUAAAGCAGUGCGUUUUA